AUGGCGUCUCUGCUGCAGAUCGCCGCCGCUCUGCGGGGCAAGGCCGAGCCUCAGGUGUCUGUACACUGCGAAUCGUCGCUUCCCGUGUCGUCCACUGCGCUCUCUUCCGCCGUAGAUUCCGCGAACAAGCCGAGCGGCAGCGUUCAACCCCAAGAGAAACGCUCAGAGGCUCAGAAGCUCGCUCGCCGCUCCGAGUGGCUUCCAGAUUGUCGCGAAGGCGACGCGGAGUACCCUCCGCUUUCCCCUCCUUCGGCGGCGUCUUCUGCUUCUUCGGCCGCAACCCCUCCGGCGUCAGCUGCCCCGGCUCAGACCAGGGACGAUGGGGCGCGGGACGAGGUGUUUCCUCGGUUUCUGGCGGACGACUUUGAACAUAGCGUUUCGCGGCUUCUCGGCGCGAGAGACAGGCGUAACGGGGUAGCGGGCGCCCCUUUCUUGAGCGGCAAACUCUCCGACGCCGACAUCGCAAAAACCACGCUCGCCUUCCUCGACAUCGCGGCGACCCGGCUCGGCGCCGUCGCCCCUACUCUGAGCGCCUCACUCACACGCCGAGCGCACGAGGUCGCGGCGACGGCUGGACUGGAAAUUGAGGCUAAGCACACAAAACGGGAGGUGUGCCCGUUCUGCGGCUGCAUGCGAAUUCCGCUUCUCACGUCGUCUGCAUUUGUCGCCCCGGUCUCGGCCUCCCCGCUGAAGCGCCGCAAAGCGAACCGCGCGAUGCGCAAGCAGUUCCUUCGGCAACUCGCGGCUGGCGGCGCGCCUGUGUCUCCUCUCUCUCGCGAGGGAGAGACAAACUCGUUUUCCGCGCGCGCCUUGGGGCGUCUCGCGAGCUCGGCCGUCGGGGUCUCGCGUCAGGGGACUCUGCCUUCGUCCACCGCGAAGUUUCAUUCUCUCAACGCGCAGGCGCACGCGGCGAAUCGAUUUAUAAAAAACGAACUGCUCUCGCUUUGCUUUUUCUGCGGGAGAACCUCGCCGCCGUCGCCGGGCUGUAUCACCACUCCGGUGGUGUAUGCGCAGCAGCAGCGGCAGCCGACGCUUCUUGGGGCUUCGCUGAUCCGCCAGCAGAAGCGAAAGGCCUUUUUCUCUUCCAAGGCGCUCUCCGCCUCGGACUUCAAUCGGCGCAAGACGAGACGACGGCGAACAGAGGCGCGCGAGUGGAAAACUUGUCAAGAAGAAUCUCGCGCUGCGGCCUCAGUCCUUGCUCCCCCGCCUCAGCAGCAGGCGCCGCCUCAGGCGGCCUCGGUCACGAAGUCUGGCGUCGAGGGCGACACGCGUCAAGGCACCCCUCACUCGUCGUGUCCGCCUUCCGCCUCUCCUCAAACCGCGGCGCACCCACCUCCACCGCCUCCGCCGCCUCCCCCUCCGCCUACGGCCUUUCCUUUUUCGAGUUUGGGGACUUCUCUGUCUCGAGCUGCUUGGCCUGCGGGAGCUUCAGCCGCUGUGCCUUGCGGCGCGUCCGCGUCGGCUGUCGCGUCGCGGGCGUCGCCGCAGAGUGCCGGGAACGUGGACGGCGAGCGCAGUGCAAAGCGGAAGCGGCCGCAGUUCCGCACGCUCGAGGACGCGGUUCGUGCGUCGAUGCAGCGGCGCCAGAGUUUCGCCUCUCCUCCGGCGCGGCAAGAUGCGAAACAUCCGAACGCGAGGGACGCCGGCGCGAGAGCGGCCGACAAGCCGAGCGAGAGGCGACCCUCUGGCCGGUACUUUGCUAGGGCGCCAGCUGUACGUACACCGCAGGCGCCGCGGGCGCAAGGCUGUGCGGCGACGCCGAGCGCGGUGAUGCAACAGAAGAGCGAACCUGAGCAGGAAUCCGGUCGCAGACAGACCGAUUUGAAGCGAGAGGAAGGCGCCAAGAAGCCGGAAGGAAUCAGCGAGCAGUCAGCUGCGCAAGAGGCAGCGGGGACGAGGCAGCAAGGCGCGAUGCGCACAGAGGGAAAGUGUCAAAAACAUGGCGUUGAACCUCGUCGCGAGGCCUUCGAAGGCGCGGCAACCUCGAAGAGCACAGAGAUAAAGUCUAACGAGGAAAAAAAGGGGAAAAAUUCCAACAGCCUCUAUGACUUGCUCGGUCAGCUCACUGGAGGCGACCUGUUUUGA